GAACAGCUACCUACUAUUAUUAGUCAGUCACCCAUUUUUCAUUCUUUUAUUAUUUGCACCUUUAAGCUUUAAUUUCUUUUCAUUUUCUCAUUUUGUUUACAUUCAUCCUCCUAUUUUUUUGACCAUUUUUAGUUACCCGUCGUCCAUUUUUGUGCUCCAAUUUCUUUUUUUUUAAUUUUCUUCUACCUCACCCAAGACUGAGAGACGUUUAGGCGCAUGGGGCAUAUCCUUAUAAAAUUUCCAAAUGAGAACCUAGAACCACAAAAUUUUGUUUAUUUAUCUCUAAUUGUGUCAUUUACUUUCUCUAAAAAUUUCAGAAUUUUUAGUUGAAUAUUUGGGCAGUUAUAGUCUAAAAUGUCACAUUUUUAGAAGAAAUUUCAAUUUUCUUCAAGUUUUUGACCAGAACUUUGAAAAUAUUUAACCAAAAAUUCUGAAAAUUUUAGAGAAGCUAGAAGACAUUAUAAGGGUUAUAAUUGGGGAAUUUCAAGAAUACAAGUCUUUGACAGCCUAUCCUUUUCUAAGUUUGCGUCAACCCUUUCCUGCGCCGAAACGUGUAUUCUCUCCCUUCCUCUCUCUCUCAUUUCCCUCUCCCUUCAAAAUUUCUCCACCUUCAUUUUUCUUCAUUCACGCCCCCCAUUUUCCUUCAUUUUUCCCAUUCCAUAAAUUAACUGUCCUUCCCUUAACCCCCUUUUUUCAUUCCUUCAAUUUCGCCAGAGGCGCGAAUUUCGGCGGAUUAUCAAUUUCCUCAUCGCUAAUCCCUUUCUAAUUUUCUAAUACUUAAAUUGCCAGAACUUUUAUAUACUUUUAAAGCCCCCAAAGGCUUUUUCCCACUGGCCAAGAGGAAAAGAAGAAUUUCUAAAAAAACUUUUCCCUCUCUCAAUUCAUUCCAAUGGUUACCAAAAUUAUUUUUAUUAAACAACAAAUUUUUAAUAUUUUUAUUCAAAAAUAUUUACAACAAUACAGCCUAUUUUUGUUUAUUUUAUUUUUGGUUAAAAUACCAGAAAAUGCCUUUGAUUGCAUUCAAUGCGAUCGACAAGCUCUUUGGUAUUCCCCCGAAGAAAAUGAAAGGCACAUUUCCCGAUGCCAGAAAGGGCUUAUUCCUUCUACUAAAUGUAUGAAUUCAUCACAUACACACUGCAUUUACAGUUAUUAUAGACAAUCUGGAGUGAUAACAGUGACUGAAAGAAGGUGUGGGACUGUUGAAGAGAUCAGUGGAUGUACACUUUACAAAUCACUUAGACGGGCAAAACGGCACUUUAUUGGAGGCACAGGAACAGAUAUUAAUGUCGGGAAUUCACCUGCUAGCCAUCGACGAAGAGAAACUGGCCCUCUUGUUGUUGAGGUUUGCACAAGUGGAUGUCAGGAAGAUGGAUGUGUUUCUGGAGGAAUUAGACAAAAAUAUGGGGAAUGGACAGUUUUGGGAUUUUUGUUAACAACAAUUUUGGUUUUGAGAUAUUUUAACGAGGAAGAGAUGAUUAUGGAAAGGAGAAGGAAGUGA